CCCCCCUUCAUUUCGCUGAUCCGUAUACCCAAAACCCUACCUUCUUCGAUUCUUUUGCGGAGCAAUGAAGCCUGCGAAUGUCUACCGCCAGAUUCUCAAGGCCGUGGACAAGCACGUGGGCAAAGACGGCAGCAGGAGGCACUUCAGGGAUUUCGUGAUCCAAGAGUUCCGAUCGAAUUCCGAGCUCUCUGAUCGAUCCGCGGUCAGAAGCAAGCUGAAUCUUGCUUCGAAUUACACCUACAUGCUCAACAGCUUGCAUCAUCACAAGGAGUUGCUAUUCUCUUAUAAUAUCGCUAUUGAUCGAUCUGACGAAGUGAAGAAGACAUUAAGGAAAUCUGCUGCUAGUGUGGGGCUUCAACUUCCUGAAGUCUAUCAGCCCUAAUAGCACUGAAGAAAUAUAUUUAUGAUUGAAUGUCAAAAGCUCAGGCAGCUUUUGCUGAUACCGGAUGCAAUUUUAGUCAAUGAGUUGUCUUUCUGCUGACAGGAGAUAAAUGAUAGUUCCCAACAGACUCAUGGAUCCCUUUUAUUCAAAUUUUAUUUCUACCGUAACUUGCUCCCUUGAGCAGGGCAUAUCUUUGUGUAGUCCAUGAUUGAGAACAUUUUCGAGCAGGCAUAAAUUGAUGAUGUGUAACAAUUACAACAUGUUUUGUUGAGCAUCCGUAUUUUUUGUUUUCCUGUUGUGAAAAGUGCUUCAAAUCCUUCUAUUUCCUCA